AGAGAUAAAUUUGAACGAUUUUAAUUUUUAAUUUUAACUAUUUGUUCUUGUUUUUUAAAUAAAAAUAUGGGCAAUCAAUCUAAUUAUUUAUCAAUAUCCGAUAUAUUAGUAACUAACGAAAAAGUACCGUGUAAAUUUUUGCACGAUUUGCCUAAAAUGGGAUUUUUAGACCCAGCAUCAACUGAGGAUGAUUUAAAAACUGGAACUAAUGUCGAAAUUCCGUUAUGGUUAGCGGAGUCACUAUAUUCUCGUAGGCCACCUUUAGUUAGCGUAGACUUACCUAAAAUAUAUAAAGAAGCAUACAGAGAAAUAUUAAACGCAGACGCCUGCACAGUAGAUUUACAUAAACUAGGGCAGCAUUUUUAUGAACUUGGAUGCUAUAUUGCAAAACAUGAUAUAAAAGGCGAAGUCGGUAAUACAUUAGUUAAUACCUUCAGACAGAGAUUCAGAAUGAUAUUGUCGGCUAGUGCAUCGACAGAUUCUAUUAGUGCUUUGCAACCACUUUCUGAUACUGAAAGAGAGCGCACAGCUGGAGCUGCUUCAACUGAAAAGGCACUAUCAACUUGGUUGAAAAGAGGAGACUGUCCACUGAGUACUGCAAAUAUGGUAGCCAGUCAUCGGAAACGAAAAAGAGCUGAAAUGGAAAUGCUUUAAUUUCAUUUUUAGAUAAAGAUAUAUUGGAUGAAAAGUAAACAUAUGAAAAUUAUUUGCCUAAUUAGAAUUUAUUUAAAAAAAAAUGUGGAAAUGUUACAUACAAGAUGCUGUAGCUUUGCAUCUGAGGUAAUAUCACACUUAUAAUCUAUUUCCCUAAGCUACCAACUACUUCUUCUACUACUUAUUCUAGGUCUAUGGUCACAAAUGGUAAGGUUUACAAGGCGAUGAAGAGGAAUCUUUAAUAAUGUGCCUUCUCAUUUAUGUUUCAUAGUUACUCAAUUUCUCCUCUCUCCUAUUUUCCAUGUUUACUCAACCUAACCAAGAUUUCAGUUUUGACACACUUUGGAAUUAAAGAAUUAUUAUGUAUUGCAUUUUAAACAUAAACUAUUAUUAAUAUCUUAAGUUUUGAAUAUUCCCGCGCAUAUUCUGCCACGGCACUAGUUUCUAUGAUAAUAAUAAUAUCCUCCAGACCUAAUUCGGGUCACGGAGACUAGCCAUCUGUGCAGGACAGGAGUAUAGUGCCUGAGUCUAUGGUCAAGCACAGGUGCAAUAUCUAUUCCACCACUCUCAUAGUUUGAUGAGAUGGUAAUUUGACAGGACCGGAAAGGGAUCAUGCGCAGGAGCAACGGCUAUACAUAUUUUCAGAGGCACAGGUGUUGAAGACUGCCAACUUACUGACUGUGGACUGCUAGUGAGAAUUUAUUGUCAGAAAAACCUAAUAGCUGAUUUUGGUCCCAAUCGGGAUUCAAGAAGGGACCUUAUGAUCAGUAACCAUGUUUACGACUACUAGACCAUGGAGGCAGUCAGUUUCUAUGUGUGUGUACCAAGUUAAACAUAGACAAAUAGAUAAGGAAUGGAAUUUGCAUUCUCUCUACGACGUGUGUAUCUUUAUAAGAGUUACCAUUCUUCUCUUCUCUUGUUAUAGAGUAAUAUGUUUCUUGGCCUAGUGAUAUUUCUAGUCUAUUAAUGUUACUAAAUAAAUUGAAAGAAGUGAGUGUUCGUGACUUUUUUGGAAGAGGUUCAGGACCUGAUAAUAUUUCUCCAAUAUUUGUUGAAAACUGAUGCUCUUAGUUGCUUGAUCCUCUAAUUAAUAUUUAUAAUGAAUCCUCAAAAACAGAUAUUUUUCGUGAAAAAUGGAAAACUGCUAAAGUCUAUACAGUAUACAAAAGCGAUGAUCGGUCGGAUAGGUCGAUAUUGCUACACAGUACUUUAACUUUUAUUAAACUUUCAGUUUAUCCAAUUAUUCGGGAUUAUUUAUUUUAAGACCUAAGCACUAUGCUCAAUGACCUCAAUAGUGUUUCCCAACGGAUAGGUCUUAAGAUGAACAUGGACAAAACAAAGAUCAUGUUUAAUGUCCAUGUCACACCUAUGCCGGUAGUUGUUGGGAACACUAAGCUCGAAGUUGUUGACGAGUAUGUUUACCUGGGACAAAUAGUCCGACUAGGUAAGUCCAACUUCGACCGAGAGGUCAAUCGACGGAUUCAACUCGGUUGGGCAGCGUUCGGGAAAUUACGGCACAUCUUCUCGUCAGGUAUACCUCAAAACUUGAAAACGAGACUGUACACCCAGUGCGUGUUGCCAGUGAUGACAUACGGAACUGAGACGUGGUCCUUCACUGCUGGCCGGAUGAGGAAGCUCAAGGUCGCUCAGCGAGCUAUGGAGAGGGCUAUGCUCGGAGUUUCUCUGCGUGAUAAACUCAGAAAUGAGGAUAUCCGCAGUAGAACCAGAGUGACCGACAUAGCCCAACGGAUUAGUAAGCUGAAGUGGCAAUGGGCCGGCCAUAUAGCUCGAAGAACCGACAACCGAUGGGGAAGAAAGGUUCUCGAGUGGCAGCCUCGUACCGGCAGGCGAAGUGUAGGGCGUCCCCCCACUAGAUGGAGUGACGACCUGGUAAGAUUUGCAGGAAGUCGAUGGAUGCAGGUGGCUCGGGACCGUGCUUUGUGGCAUUCUUUGGGGGAGGCCUAUGUUCAGCAGUGGACUUGUGAAGGGCUGUAAUGAUGAUGAUGAUGAUUUAUUUUAAGCCAAUUUUCGAUAUCAGUAUCUCGGAUCUCGUUCCGCAAACACCAUCAACCUCACAGUAUUCUUAUAACAAAACUCAACUAUUAUUUGGCAUCAACAGCUCUAUUUUAACAUGGCUUGAUCCUUAACAUCAGAGCAGAUCUUUCUGUUAUAAUAAAUGGUUACAAAUCCACACAUCACAGUAUAUUUUCCAACCACAGUGUUCCACACAUAUUUCACUCUUUAUCUUUAUGCAGAUGUUUAAAAAUAAUAUGGUAAGAAUAGUAUGGCGUGCUAAAAUUAAAAAAAAAUUGUACAACCGACUUCAAUAUAAAUUAUUUAGGAUAACUCAAACACUACUGGUCAGACCUUGAUCAAAUUUAUAUGGGACUACAUGAGAAACACCAACUUUCGCUUUCAAAUAAAAAAAUAAUCAUCAAAAUUGGUUCACCUAGAGAUAAGUUAUGAGGUAACACAC